AUGCGCACAAUUUCCUUCGUGCUUCUUCUUUUAUUCCUUUUUUCUACCUCAAGCGCUAUAACGAACUGGACCUUUCUGGAAUCAGAAUACCCCCUCAAAUCGAAUCACGAGAACCCAGUUAGUCAGUGCCUUCCAAUUGAAGAGCCAUCAUGCCUUGGUCUAGAAUAUACGCACACUUAUCUCCCGAAUAUUAUCGGGCUUACUAGCCAAUCGGAAUCCGCAAAGCGAAUCCAUGAUUAUGCUCCUUUGUUGAAACUAGGCUGUUCGAGCUAUCUGGAGUUCUUUCUCUGCUCUGUCUACUUUCCAAUGUGUACUGAAAGUAUGGGUGAACAGGUAUUGCUUAAGCCCUGUGCAUCUUUCUGUAAUCACGUUAGAUAUCGAUGCGUUCCGUUAAUGUUUAGUUUCAACUUUCCUUGGCCUGAAGAAUUGAAUUGUUCUCGACUUCCUUCAGAUGAUGAAAUGUGUAUUAGACCACAUUCUUUUGAAUCUGAUAACCAUUUAACUGAAGUAUCAACUUUAGUAGUCAAUGAAACAGUAACUAAAACUUCAGAACAUCUAAAUUCUUCUUCCUCGGGUGAAUUUACAGUCGAGCAAAAGAUAAUCGCGAAAUAUAUUCUUGUUGGGGCUGUUUCUCUCAAUGCUAUAUUUUGUCUUAUCUCUGUCAGUCUUUAUACCUGUAAUCGAAAUAGAUUCGCCCACCCUCUGAGACCACUUGCCUUCCUACCGCAAGCCUGUAUGCUGGAAAUGUCCUCGUAUCUACCUCAAUUACUUUUUAGACAAAAUGUUAAGGAUAUUACAGCGGAUCACCGACUCAUAAACAUUGCCUGCAUGGGACAGUUUGCUCUGGCAUAUUAUGCUCGAACAGCAAUUGAAAUUUGGUUCGUGAUUUUAUCUCUCUCUUGGUUUCUUUCUGCUUGCAAGAGCUGGGCUCCUGAAGCUAUUCAAGGUCUAGAACGAUGGUUUCAUGUUAUCGCUUGGGUCCUACCUCUUUUUCCGCCAACAUUCUUUCUCAUAUUCCAAAAGGUUGACGUAGAUGAACUGACGAACUCAUGUUACAUUGGAAAUACUAACAAACUCACGUAUUUUCUUUUUUCUAUUCUACCCGAGGUGUGCUUUAUUCUGAUUGGAGUUGUUUUAAUUUCGUUAACACUUACAUAUCUGCUGCGGAUGCACAGUGAGCUCAAAAGUUUUCGACCCAUGGCGUCAAAUGUAACAAUAAAGGCUAUGCGUACUCCUGCAAAUAGGCGACGUUUAUUGAAGGCUAUUAACAGAGUCAUUUUUACUAUUAUUCUUGUGGCUGGUCCUUUGCUACUAGGGGUGAUUUGUGAUCUAUGGCGACAUAUUAACAACACACCUGGUGAAAUGUACAUUCGAGUGCUCAGAGUUGUCUCCAUUGAGAUGGUUGGAAUAGGAGCCACCCUAGUCCUCUGGUUUAAUCUCAAGAGUAUUCAACUGCUCUACCCUUCCAAAAGAAGUGCAAAGGCAGCAAAUGAUGUGAAUUUCAUUCGAUUUCAAACCAUCAAUCCAGUCAUCAAAGUAGAAUCGAUGAAUUCAGUUCUAAUCUCCCCUCCGUCUCAUUCUCAACUUACUUCAGCGAAGUCAUUCACCCAACUCCCAUUGAACAGUUCCAUGAACCAAAGCAAGACACGAGCCGGCUCCUCCCAUUCUUCCCAAAUACAAUUUCCACCUCAACCGCCAAUGCAGAGACUAGUGAGUCCUCAUAACGCAGCAAAACUUAGAAAUUGGCUGCAAGACACCUUUGAUGAUAGUCCUCUCACGUCGACUUCCUGCUCAUCGCAUUUUGAUGGAAAUUAA